UAAGUAUGCAUCCGUCAGCUGGUUAACCCUAAGAUGUUACAGUCGUGCCCGAAAGAACGAAUGCCACAGAUAGUGGUAGGAAAAGUCAUACAAGUAGACGACAUCACUAUAUCACAUGUAACGCGCCUUACUAAAUGUUCAUGAAGCAGUCUCUAUUUUGCUUUAUCUCAUGAAAUACACGCACCCACAAAUGUCUCCAUCAAAUUCAAUAUUUAGUAUUUACCACGUCUCUCUUCGCUCCUUUUUAUAAGUAACCAUCGUGCACAGCUUCCCACAACACAUGCACAACGCAAAUGGCUUCAUUACAACUUCCUGUUAAUUCAACAGUAACACACCGUCCUCAUUUCGUGUUGUUUCCCUUCAUGUCCAAAGGCCACACCAUCCCAUUACUCCACCUAGCCCAACUUCUCACAAACCGUGGCAUUACAGUCACUGUUUUCACCACCAAAGCCAACCGACCUUUCAACGCUCAGUUUCUUGACAGAUGCCCGGAUGCUUCAAUCAUUGACCUGCCAUUCCCUAAUGAUGUUGAAGGAAUAGCUAAAGAUAUAGAGAGCACCGAUAAGCUCCCUUCUAUGUCCCUCUUCAGGCCAUUUGUCACUGCAACCAAGCUCAUGCAACCUGACUUUGAACAAGCACUCGAGAAUCUCUCCCAUGUCACGUGUAUCGUUUCUGAUGGGUUUUUAAGUUGGACGCUUGCAUCGGCUAAAAAAUUUGGCAUCCCUCGCCUCUCCUUUUAUGGUAUGAAUAACUAUGUAGGUGCUUUGACUCGGGAGGUGGUUUCAAACAGGCUCUUUUCAGGGCCUGAGUCAGAUGACGAGCUGAUCACGGUCCCGAGGUUCCCAUGGAUCAAAGUCACUAGGAAUGACUUUGAUGAGCCGUUUAAGCAGAGGGACCCAACGGGUCCUUACAUGGACUUUAUAACGGAAACUGUCAUAGCAUCGGCUAAUAGCUAUGGCUUGAUUACAAACAGCUUCUAUGAGCUCGAGCCACUGUUUUUAGACGUUUUGAACUGCGAGUCUAAGCCCAAAGCUUGGUGUGUCGGACCCCUUUGCUUGGCCGUGACCGAGUCACCCAGACCACCAAUGGUUGACCGGAAACCUGAAUGGAUUCAGUGGCUAGAUCAAAAGCUAGCUAAGGGAUGCUCGGUUUUAUACGUAGCAUUCGGUUCUCAAGCAGAGAUAUCAUCGAAACAGUUGGAAGAGAUAUCAAAGGGUUUGGAAGAAUCCCUAGUGAAUUUCUUGUGGGUGGUGAGGAAGUGUGAGAUGAGUGUUUAUGACGAGCUACAAGAGAGAGUGGGGGAAAGAGGGAUGAUUGUAAGAGAAUGGGUUGACCAACUGGAGAUUCUGAAGCACGAGAGCAUAAAAGGGUUUGUAAGCCACUGUGGUUGGAACUCGGUGCUGGAGAGCAUAUGUUCAGAGGUGCCGAUACUAGCGUGGCCAAUGAUGGCUGAGCAACCUCUGAAUGCAAGAAUGGUGGUGGAGGAGAUUAAGAUCGGUUUACGGGUUGAGACAUGUGAUGGAUCAGUGAAAGGGUUUGUAACAUCAGAAGGGUUAAAGAAAAUGGUGAAGGAGCUCAUGGAGGGUGACAAGGGGAAGGAAGUAAGAAAAAAGGUGAAGGAGAUUGGUGAGGCUGCAAAGGAAGCAAUGACAGAAGGUGGAUCAUCUUGGCGUACAUUGAACGAGCUCAUAGAUGAGUUACAGGCCGUUAGAUCAAACUCCAAGUGAAUGAUCUCAUUUUUGGCUUUUUGCACAUCAUAAUGUAAACAAGUCCAUACCAUAUAUAUAUAUAUAUAUAUAUAUAUAUAUAUAUAUAUAUAUAUAUAUAUAUAUAUAUAUAUAUAUAUAUAUAUAUAUAUAUAUAUAUAUAUAUAUAUUUUAAAAUGUCAUAAAGAUACAACAAUACCGUGUCUAUGCACAAAGCAUAGGAUAUAAAGAGAGAAAGAAGAGAGACAUUGAACUACAACCAUGCUGGAUUCUUGAGAUGGGUAACAACAGCCUUGACCUGUAGGUAGUUACUGAGACUAUAAACUCCCUUUUCUCUCCCAUGUCCACUCAUCUUAUACCCACCAAAAGGAAUUGCAGCAUCAAAAACAUCAAAACAGUUAAUCCACACAGUUCCCGCUUUCAAUGCACGUGAUAAUGUAUUAGCAGUAUCAAGAUUCUGUGUAAAAACACCAGCAGCUAGUCCAAAUUGAGUAUCAUUUGACCUUCGAAUAACCUCUUUGACCCCCCUGUUUUAUAAUAAUUAAACAAUAAGUAAAUAGGAAAUAAAUGAGUUGAAUA